AUAUUGGCAAAUAUUAGGUGUACCAUGAAACACCGAGUGGUUGAAGCUGCCUUGGUCUUGGUCUUGUCCGAAAAGGAAAGAGAGAAGAUUCAAACCGAGUACGCGUCGGUUCAUGGCUUCAUGAUCAUUCAUGGACCCUUCCAUUAAUUCAUUAAUCCAACAAUAAAACCCCAUCAUCACGCUUUCUCCACUGAAUCUCCUCCACAACUUCUACAAACCCAUCUUUGUUUUCUGUCUUCACUUUCUUCCUCUGUCGUCUCAGGUGACCUUGGAAGCAAUUGAUACCAUUUGACGAUUGAAGCUACUAUUACUUCAUUCAGUUAUGACUUGUUUUCCUUUCUUAUUCAAUAAAUCAUCUUCUUCAGGAAGACAAGAUCCAGAAAUAGAUGAAGGCAUUCAUAAUGUUAGAAUCUACACCUACAAAGAACUCAGAAAUGCAACUGAAGAUUUUAGUCCAGUCAAUAAAAUUGGAGAGGGCGGUUUUGGUUCUGUCUACAAGGGACGGCUCAAAGAUGGAAAAGUUGCUGCAAUAAAAGUUCUUUCGGCUGAAUCAAGACAAGGGGUGAAGGAGUUCUUGACAGAGAUUAAUGUGAUCUCAGAGAUAGAGCAUGAAAAUUUGGUUAAGUUAUAUGGUUGUUGUGUGGAGAAAAAUAACAGAAUAUUAGUCUACAACUACCUUGAGAAUAACAGCCUAUCACAAACUCUUCUAGGUGGAGGUCACAGUAGUAUCUACUUUGAUUGGCGAACACGAUGUAAAAUAUGUGUUGGAGUUGCACGUGGGCUUGCCUUCCUUCAUGAAGAAGUACGGCCUCCUAUUGUUCAUAGGGAUAUAAAAGCAAGCAAUAUCCUCCUUGACAAAGAUCUUACACCCAAGAUUUCAGAUUUUGGUCUUGCGAAGCUUAUUCCAGCAAAUAUGACUCAUGUCAGCACGCGUGUUGCAGGAACAAUAGGGUAUUUAGCACCCGAGUAUGCAAUAGGGGGGAAGCUAACACGGAAAGCAGACAUCUACAGCUUCGGUGUCCUCCUUGUGGAGAUAGUAAGUGGAAGAUGCAACACAAAUUCACGGCUACCAAUAGAAGAACAAUUUCUUCUGGAGAGGACAUGGGAACUUUAUGAGCGAAAGGAAUUGGUCGGCCUGGUAGACAUGUCACUGAAUGGGGAAUUCGAUGCUGAGCAAGCUUGUAAGUUUCUGAAGAUUGGCCUUCUUUGCACGCAGGAAUCGCCAAAGCUCCGGCCAUCGAUGUCAUCUGUGGUCAAGAUGCUCACUGGAAAAAUGCAUGUUGAUGACAGUAAGAUAACAAAGCCUGCCUUAAUAUCUGACUUUAUGGACCUCAAAGUUGGGAAGAACCAAGAAAGUAGUAGUAUUGAUCCGAAGUAUUCAUCUAUAUACCAUACAUCCUCUUCAUCAGACAACCAUGACACUACCAUGUCAUCCCUCACAACUUCAACCUUGACUGCUAAAUAUGAUCAAAGCAUGUAAACAUCGAUGGGUAGUGAUAUGUCCUUUAACUUAAAAGGUAAUUUCAUUUGCUUAGAGGUGUAUUUAAUGCAAAUUUUGCAACCUAUUCAUAUUUUUUAGUGUUUUUUUAGAUGCCGCCCCCCAUGACUAGGAAGUUGCUAUUUGAUGUUUUGUAAAUAUGAGCCGGGCUUGUGUUCAAUGAUAAGUUUGAAGAUCUUUUCAUUUUCUAUGUAUCCUGAUUCUUGUCUCAUGAUUUGUCUUUCUCAAAUCUACUCUUGUAAACUAGCACAAAAAAAUAAAAAUAAAAAAUGUCAUUUUGUUUUAUAACUAA